AUGUACUCAGAAAAGAGGCAUGUUACUAUCAAAACAUUAAAGGAAGAAUUGGACGUCAAACAAAUAGUGGACAUAAGCAAGAUGUCAUUGUGCCGCUUAUUGCCGCUUAUUGGCUUCCAAUAUAAACAGGAAGACAACCGGAAGGCGCUUAUGGAGAAAAGCAGUGUCGUUGCUUUGAGAGCAGAAUUUCUGCGCAAAUAUAAUGAAAAUGGAAACUCCCCCUUUAAACGCACAGUUGUUUUCUUAGAUGAGACAUGGAUUUUUGCAAAAGGGAACAGGAAGAGAUCCUGGCAGGACGGAUCCGUAAAAGGGACCCGAAAACCUGGGGGAUUUGAAGGCAAACGCUAUAUUGUAUUACAUGCUGGUCACAGUGGGGGGUUCGUGGAGAAUGCUUCACUCAUCUAUGGCACUGCCUCAAAACUGGGAGAUUAUCAUGGAGACAUGAAUGGCGAUACAUUUUUGAAGUGGGUCAAAGAGAAACUAGUUCCAAAUUUGGAGGAGCCAUGCCUCAUUGUUAUGGAUAAUGCUUCCUACCACAGUGUAUUAGUGGAGAAGCAGCCAAUAUCAUCUUGGACAAAAGCCCAGGUCAUACAGUGGUUGGAGGGAAACAACAUUAAUUUUGAGAGGAACCAAUUUAAAAGUGAACUCUUAAAAUUGGCCAAGCAACAUGCUCGGCCUGCAAGAUUUGUUGUUGAUGAAUACCUACGAGAACAUGGGCAUGAGGUACUGCGACUACCGCCAUACCACUGCCAGUUCAAUGCCAUCGAACUGAUAUGGGCACAGGCAAAACAAUAUUAUGAUACCCAUAUAGGCGAGGAAGGUUAUGGCGCUGACAAAGUGCUAGGCAUGUGGCAGAAGGCAUUGGAAAACUGUACUCCUGACAGAUGGGCCUCUGUUGUCACACACACGGAGGGAGUUAUAGAUGCAUGGUAUAACAGACAACGAAUCCUGGAUAAUGUGCCAGAAGUGAUUAUUACAAUCAAUGGAGACGACAGCAGUUCAGAUGAAGAUUUUUAA